CCCGCCCCGGGACAGGCACUAAAAGCGUUAACAGCCCGCGCCCGCUCGCCUCCGUUUCCUGUGCAGCUUCUCCUUUUCCUUCUGCCGGAGCCGGAGCCCAAACUUUGGGCAAUGCCCAUGGCUUGGCGCGCCGCUGCGGCGGCUCAGCUCCUGCUCGGGCAGCUCAGCCUCUUCCCGCUGCGGCUCUCGGGUGCGGGUGUCCAGACGGUUCAGGACUUCACGCUGGAGCAGCCCCAGGACAAGGUGGUGGUGGCAGUGGGGCAGACGCUCACCCUCACCUGCACCACAUCUGAAAACAGUUCCAUCCCUGGCCCUGUGAAGUGGCUGAAGGGCUGGGGCACUGGGAACGAGACCAUCUAUGACCAGACGGGCAACUUCCCCCGCGUGACGAGGGCAGUGAAUGGGUCCAACACGGACUUCACCAUCCACAUCAGGGAUGUUCGACCCGAGGAUGCUGGCACCUAUUACUGCGUGAAGUUCCGCAGAUCUCUGGAUGGUGAUGAGCCGUAUCUGCGUGGAAAGGGCACGGUGGUGUCCCUGCAUGCUCUGCCUUGUAUCUCCACAGGAUCAGCCCUGGUUCCCAGCAUCGUGGCUGCAGCUGUAGUGGUCUUCCUCCUCCUUCUCGGCCUCUUCAUUGCUCUUUGCGUGUACAGGAGGAAGCGCAGAGGCAAGGCGGAGAGCCAGUGCCUAGCUGGUCCGGCAGCCAUGGGCAGCUUCUCACCCAUCCCUCUGCUGUGCUGUGCAGGGACCACCAGCACCCCUAGGUUUGUACCCAGCACCCCCAGCAGCAAAGUCCUGGAUGCAGAGACCUCACAUCUACCCAACCAGCAAAGCAGCAAGCAGGACGAUAACAUCCACUACGCCGAUCUCCAGCCCCUGCCUGCGGCCCUGCGGCAUGGCAGGAGCCCCGGCGCAGCCUGCUCUGAGUAUGCCAGCGUCGUGGUAGCUGCCAAAUGAUGUGUGGCACCGCAGCCUGCAAGGCCAAAGAGCCCAUUUUGGGGGAGGAAGCAGGGACAUUUCUGCAGGGCACAAUAAAGAAGUAGAUCUGUUUGCAUGGCACAUCCCAGUCCGAGCUUGUCAUGCUCGGCAAAACUCCCCUAACUCAUUCCUGUCUCGGUGGCCACACAGAGCAGGAUGAGGCUCAGGGCCAGACCUGCCAUGCCAGGGCUCAUCAGCAGCUCUCCCAGGACCCAGUGGCCAUCUCGAACACAGGAUCAGGCCAUGGGGCUGGGCACCUCUGCCUUGUGCAAGCCGUGCAGUGCCAGUGGCUCCAGGAGGAGCCUGUCUCCACCAGCACGGGCCUCCACUGGCACUUUCCUGUCUCAGCCAGCCCAUAAUUUGUGUUAUCUUGUCACUGCACCAAGCCCAUCCUCAUUAAAGCCAGCAAACAAC